UUCUGCUGAAUCACAAAUCCUCAGCAGUUUUUACUCCUGUUUGUUUGACAAUCGUGAUUUUUUACUCAUUUUUGAUCAUUGUCCUUGUUUAAUUGAAUUGAAAAUUUUUUCAUACUAAAAUGGAUCGUCUUUUGCGAUUAAGUAGCGGUUUACAGAAUUUAAGUUCUGGUGGUGCUCAAAGUGAUGGCCCAGUUGUUGAUACUGCUGAACAAGUAUACAUUUCAUCAUUAGCAUUGUUGAAAAUGUUAAAACAUGGCCGAGCUGGUGUUCCAAUGGAAGUUAUGGGUCUAAUGUUGGGCGAAUUUGUUGAUGAUUACACUGUUCGUGUUAUCGAUGUUUUUGCUAUGCCACAAUCUGGAACGGGUGUAAGUGUUGAAGCUGUUGAUCCGGUGUUUCAAGCUAAAAUGUUGGACAUGUUAAGACAAACUGGACGUCCCGAAAUGGUGGUUGGAUGGUAUCAUUCUCAUCCUGGUUUCGGUUGUUGGUUAUCCGGUGUCGAUAUCAAUACACAACAAUCAUUCGAAGCACUAUCUGAUCGUGCCGUUGCUGUUGUUAUUGAUCCAAUCCAAUCGGUCAAAGGAAAAGUUGUUAUUGAUGCUUUUCGAUUGAUCAAUCCGAAUACUAUGGUUCUUGGUCAAGAACCUCGACAAACUACAUCGAAUUUGGGCCAUUUAAACAAACCAUCCAUUCAAGCAUUGAUACAUGGUCUUAAUCGCCAUUAUUAUUCGAUCGCAAUCAAUUAUCGUAAAAAUGAAUUGGAACAAAAAAUGUUACUAAAUUUGCAUAAAAAAUCUUGGAUGGAAGGCUUACAGUUGAAAAAUUUCAAAGAACAUUGUUCAAUCAAUGAAUCAAGUGUUGAACAUAUGCUCGAAUUGGCCAAAUCGUAUAACAAAGCUGUUGAAGAAGAGGAUAAACUUACACCACAACAAUUGGCAAUUAAAAAUGUUGGUAAACAAGAUCCAAAACGACAUUUGGAAGAAAAUGUUGAUAAAUUGAUGACGAAUAAUAUUGUUCAAUCACUUGGUACAAUGCUUUCGGCUGUCGUUUUUGAUUAGCUUUCAGAAAAGUAUUUGAAUUUUUCUAUAUUUAAGAAACAAAAAUUUUAAUUUUUUCACCAAAAAAAAAACAAAAACAAAAACAU